GAAACGCCCCAAGAAGAGAAGAAGCGUCUCAAACCAGGAAGUAGCGGACAGCGGUUAGUUGAACUAACCUUAACCCUAAACUAACCUUAAACUAACUCUACCUACCUGUGAGUUUGAUCAGGGCGUUGUUGAAAAGGACAAACGUGACAUUCGAACUCUGACCCUUUUGGAUGUUGAGCGUUCGGACUCUGCUCGGCUUCCUGGUGACCUCGAGAGCCGCCGCCGCCUUCUCUGGGACAUGUUCACCGUCUGCAGCAGCUAACGUUCAUCAGAAGGACUGUUUGAGGAGCAGAGCAGCGUCCAGCAUGGCCCACACGAUCAAAUACCUCGGGCAGGAGGAGGCUCAGCAUAUCGAUGAGGAGCUCUUCUCUGAGUAUGGCUUCAGCGUGGAUCAGCUGAUGGAGCUGGCUGGACUCAGCUGUGCGAUGGCCGUCACUCGGGCGUAUCCACUCACGUCUCUGGUGAAGUCCAGAGCUUCUCUGCUGGUGAUCUGUGGACCAGGAAACAACGGAGGAGAUGGUCUGGUCUGUGCAAGACACCUGAAGCUGUUUGGCUAUGAACCCUCCAUCUUGUACCCAAAGAGGCCCAACAAGCCGCUGUUCCAGGGUUUGACUACACAGUGCCAGAAGAUGGAGAUUCCCUUCCUGACCGAGAUGCCGGAGGCUGAAGUGGUGGAUGAAGCUUAUAACCUGGUGGUCGAUGCCAUCUUUGGCUUCAGCUUCAAAGGAGCCGUACGAGAACCGUUUGGAUCCAUUCUGGACGUUCUGAAGAAAACCACUGUCCCCGUGGCCAGCAUCGACAUCCCCUCAGGUUGGGACGUGGAGCAGGGCAGCGCUGACGGACUGCAGCCCGACAUGCUCAUAUCCCUGACGGCUCCCAAGAAGUCGGCCUCCAUGUUCAGAGGUCGGUACCACUUCCUGGGAGGCCGCUUCGUUCCGCCCGGCUUGGAGAAGAAGUACGAGCUGAACCUGCCUCAGUAUCCGGGGACAGACUGUGUGCUGCAGCUGUAAGAGGCACCCGGAAAACAACCAGAAAACACCCAAGAAAUACCUAAAAAACACCUGCAAAACUAACUGACCCGCUACAUAAUAAUAUGUGAGGUUAGCUUUGCAUGCAGAAUGGAAAAUGGGGGGAAAACGAAUUGAGUGGCGCUCUCAUAGCAACAACAAACAUCACGACAUGUCGUGGAUUUUUACUGUUGAUCUCAUGAAUUUUAAUCACUUUCUUAAUAAAUGCAGCCUUAUCAAUCAAUAAAUGAUCGUUAUAUAAAAUGCAA